CAUAGGCAAUAGAAUCCAGGCUAGCUAAGGCAGUCCUGAGCCAGUGAGAAUUCGACAACUCACAUUCAAGAAACCACUCCGGUUUUGCCCAACCAGCCAAUUUCACUGUACACCGCUACCCAUUUACCAUCUAGACAGUAGACCCUCCUAUUCUUUUCCACUCCACGCCUGCGCAUGCUUUCUCAAGGAAACUUUACAUUUAUAAUUUUGUUCCUCUUUUUUUUUUUUUCGCAUCUCAUUUUUUAAGGUUCAGGUUCGGUGUUUUUUUGUUUUCUCUUUCGUUGCGGUAGUGGGGUUAUUUUGAGAAAAAAAAAAAAAAAAGAACCAAGAAAAGAAAGGGUUAGGACAUUUAGAGAGAGAGAGAGAGAGAGAUGGGAAGAGGUAGGGUUCAGUUGAAGAGAAUAGAGAACAAGAUCAACCGGCAGGUUACAUUUUCCAAAAGAAGAACUGGAUUGUUGAAGAAAGCUCAUGAAAUCUCAGUCCUAUGUGAUGCCGAGGUUGCCUUGAUCGUCUUCUCUCAUAAAGGGAAGCUCUUUGAAUACUCCACCAAUGCUUGCAUGGAAAAGAUACUUGAACGCCACGAGAGGUAUUCUUAUGCAGAGAGGCAAUUAGUCGCAACUGAUCUUGAUUCGCAGGGGAACUGGACCCUAGAGUAUAACAGGCUCAAGGCAAAGGUUGAACUUCUACAGAGAAACCACAGGCACUAUUUGGGGGAAGAUCUGGACUCCGUGAGUCUCAAAGAGCUUCAAAACUUGGAGCAACAGAUUGAUACCGCCCUUAAACUCAUUCGGGAAAGAAAAAACCAUCUGAUGUAUCAGUCGAUUUCUGAGCUGCAGAUAAAGGAGAAGGCAAUUAAAGAGCAAAAUAACAUGUUAGUGAAGCAGAUCAAGGAGAAGGAGAAAGCACUGGCACAGCCGGCACUCUGGGAUCAGCAAGAUCAUGGCCCUAAUGCUUCCUCAUUCCUUUUACCACAGCCGCCACUGCCUUGUUUAAACAUCAGUUACCAGGAAGAAGAUCCAGAAGCGAGGAGGAAUUAUGAACUUGACCUCACGCUGGAACCAAUUUAUUCGUGUCACCUUGGAUGCUUUGGAACAUGAAUAUUUGGGUGAAGAAAGACACUCUGAAACUGCUAAAAAUGUAGUUUUUGGUUCGUUAUGAAAUUAGAUUAUAUAUAUAUACGCACCUUGUUAUAACUAAGGUUUCAUCAUGUCAAAUUGAUAUAAUUAAUGACAUGAUCCUUUGAUCGUAUAUCAAUUAUCCAUCUUGUUGGUAAUAAUUAAAUUGUUGAUGGAAUCUUAAUUCCGAUGUUUCAAGUCGUGUCUGAAAUAUUUAAGAAGACUGGCGCAGCUAAUUUUCAUAAUGCCAAUGGAAGGUCCUAAUUAUGAACUA